AUGUCGUCAAAUGAGGACACGCCCCAGCCGCAAUCGGCCUCCAAACCGGCUCAGGAGGCUUCUCCUAAGCCAGCAGCACCGGCAGCAGCAUCUCAGCAGGGGUCGGGACAGAAGACAUGGCAGAACAACGGCAACAAGCCCAAAGGCAACAAGCGCGGGUUCCAGGGCCAGGGUGGGCGGGGCAGGGACAAGGACAAGCAGCGCAAGUCGAAGCGUGAGAGGAAUAUCACGGAGGGGUCCUCGGAGGAGGUCUUGGCGACGGACGUGCAAGCGCUCAUCGCGUCCCGCAAGGCCUCUCUCCCCGAGCCGGCGGAGGUGGCCGCGGAAACCGACGCGGAAGCCAAGGAAGGCGAUGUCGAGACCGAGCCCGUCCCCUCAAAACCCCUCCCGGCCCCCUUCACCGAGAUCGAGGUCGAGGUUCUCGCCCUCUCAUCCACCGGCGACGGCCUCGCCGUGCACGCCGGCUCGCCGCCCACGCACAUCUACGUCGUCCCCUUUGUCACCCCCGGCGACGUGGCCCGGGUCAAGGUGGUCCGCCACUUCCCCGCCGAGUCGUACUCCAUGGCCGACUUCCUCUCCGUCGCCGCGGCGGGCCCGCUGCGCGACGACACCCGCGUCAACUGCAAGUACUUCACCCGGUGCUCCGGCUGCCAGUUCCAGAUGCUCAGCUACGACGCCCAGCUCGCGCACAAGCGCACCAUCGUCGAGAAGGCCUUCCGCAACUUCUCCAACCUCGACCCGGCCCUCGUGCCCGAGGUGGCCGAGACCAUCGGCAGCCCGCUGCAGUACGGCUACCGCACCAAGCUCACGCCGCACUUUGACGGGCCCCCCGGCCACCACAAGAAGAACAGGCCGCGCCAGGCGCUCGACUGCGUCCCCGAUAUCGGCUUCAACCUCAAGGGCCGCCGCGCCGUGCUCGACAUCGAGGACUGCCCCAUCGGCACCGACGCCGUCCGCCUCGGCAUGAAGCGCGAGCGCUCCCGCAUCGCCCGCGAGUUCGGCAACUACACAAAGGGCGCGACCAUCCUCCUCCGCGAGAGCACGAAGCGGUACCCGAAGAAGGUCCUCGGGGCGGCGGCGGCCGCCGCCACGGAGGACCAGGACCCGGAACAACCCCCCGCCGAGGUCCCUUCGGACGCGAUCCGCGUCGACACCGACACGCACACCUACAUCAAGACGUGCCUCUCGGAGGCGAGCGCCAUGACGACCGAGUACAUCGGCCCCUACAUCUUCACCAACCCGGCCAACUCCUUCUUCCAGAACAACAAUUGCAUCCUGCCGUCCUUCACCGGCUACAUCCGCGACCACGUCAUGCCACCCGCGGGCCCCCACCGCGACCGCAUCAAGUACCUCAUCGACGCCUACUCGGGCUCGGGCCUCUUCACAAUCACCCUCGCCUCCCUCUUCCAGGGCAGCACGGGCAUCGACAUCGCCCAGGACUCGAUCGAGUGCGCGCGCAAGAACGCCCGGCUCAACGGCCUGCCCGAGUCACAGUGCAACUUCCUCGCCGCCGACGCCCCGCAGCUCUUCGCCCAUGUCACCUACACCGCCGACGAGACCGUCGUCGUCAUCGACCCGCCCCGCAAGGGCUGCGACGCCGACUUCCUCGGCCAGCUGCUGCGCUUCGGCCCCCGCCGCGUCGUCUACGUGAGCUGCAACGUCCACACACAGGCCCGCGACGUCGGCGUGCUGGUCCGCGGCGACGGCGGCGAUGGGACCAGGUACGAGAUCGAGAGCCUCGUCGGCUUCGACUUCUUCCCGCAGACGGCGCACGUCGAGGGCGUCGCCGUGUUGAACAGGGUGGAGAAAACUGCUUGA